AUGAGCCAAGACAUUUCAUAAGGAGCUUCAACAACAUGAACUCACCAUCCACUAUCAAGCACUACAAAUACUUCUUCCAGGUUGUCACGAACAAUUUUGUUGUCACCGUUGUUGUGGUACUUGGAACCAUCCUCUUGCUGAAAGCCGCACAACUUGGCCCUGCCCAGAUUCUCGCAUGGCUACUGUCAGUUCGGCAUGCCCACCUGUUUUUAGUCACCUUCCUUCCAAUUGGCUUAGGUACCCUUUACCUCAUGCACCGUCCUCGCAGUGUAUACCUUCUGGACUAUGCUUGCUUCCGUCAUACAUUUGAUUGUCGUACCCCCAUGGCCACUUUUGUCGAACAUGCUCACCAAAUGGCAUCCUUCGAUGAUAAAAGCAUCCAUUUCAUGAAGCGCAUGCUUGAGAACUCUGGUCUUGGUGAUCAGACCUACCUACCACCUAAUACCCACUACAUUCCACCAACUUACACGUUGAGUGAUGCCCGUGACGAGGCUGAGCAGGUUAUUUUUUCAUCCAUUGAUGACUUAUUUGCUAAGACAGGCAUCAGCCCCAUGGCAAUUGACAUACUCGUCACAAACUGUACCGUUUUCAAUCCAGUGCCAUCUUUAGUUGACAUCAUUGUAAACAAAUACAAGCUAAGAGGUUGCUCCCCAGGGUGCACAUGCACUAGUGGUGUCUACGGAGAUGGUCUCAUACCAGUUCUACACAGGGAGGAACCGUGCAAUGUUGCUACCAAAUGUCCUAUUUCGCAUGGGUGGGGCUGCAGUGCUAUUGUCAACAUCAAGGAGGAUGACACGGGUGAAAUAGGAGUCAACCUGUCUAAAGACCUUGUAGCUAUUGCUGGCGAGACGCUACAGGCCAACAUCACGGCAAUAGGGUCCCUUGUUCUCCCAUUCUCGGAGCAACUGCUAUUCGUUCUCUCUCUAAUUGCUCGCAAGUUGUUGAACAGGAAGACAAAGCCCUAUGUUCCUGAUUUCCGGAUGGCCUUCGAGCACUUUUGCAUCCAUGCCGGUGGGCGAGCGGUAAUUGAUGCUGUCCAGCGUAGCCUUUGUUUAUCAGAUGAGGACGUUGAGCCUUCACGGAUGACGCUACACCGUUUUGGGAACACGUCGAGCAGCUCUGUGUGGUAUGAGCUUGGAUACAUUGAUGCUAAGAGUCAGAUGAGGAAGGGUGAUCGAGUAUGGAUGAUUGGGUUUGGAUCAGGAUUCAAGUGCAAUAGUGUCGUGUGGCAGUGCAUCCAGCCUGCUAGCACCCUAGAUGGACCUUGGGCUGAUUGCAUUCAUGGGUACCCUGUAACUGUAGGCAUAACCAAAGUGGCCAGCAGGUAAAAAUGCUUUGGUCGAGGAUUAAGACACCCAUGCACGUUUGUAAAGGUCUUGUGAUAGUAUAGUGUUAGGUAUAUGUGGUGUGAUCCGUGAGCUGUACUUGCCGACAACACGUAAUAAGGCGUCUAUUUUCAAUCCAAGUCUUCCUUAAACAUUGUAUGUUUAUCUAUGGAAUAAUUGAAUUUCGCUCA